AUGACAACAGCCGAAGCACGUAUGCAAAAAUUUGCAGAAAUUGCAGCUCGAUAUGAAAUCAGUCUUCAAUUUGCAACUCGUCUACGACAACUUGAAGGUUAUGAAAUUGUCUUUUUAUGUGAUGAUUCAGGUUCAAUGGGAACUGUUGUUGGUAAGUUAUAUUUCUUUUCUAUGUUUACAUCAGCAAUGUAUUGUUUCUAAGAUGUAAACCAUUUUAUUGACUAUGUCCCAGUUAGUUGAGGAAACCCUAUUCUGCCGUUAAAACGAUGUUUAAUGUCACAUCGUUUAAACGACGAUAUAUUGACCAAAUUACGCGUUUAUCACAAAAAACGAUUUUCUACGUCAUAAAGUAAUAUUAUGUUCUUGUCGUUUAAACGUCGGAUUGUAAAUGUCAUAAAUAGUGAUUUGUUGACGUUAAAACCAUAAUUUUUCUUUAUUUUAUCUGUCGUAAACGAUACUUUACUUGAAAAAGAAGUUUAAUAUUCCAGAAUCAUCUUCGUCUUACAUGUAACCUAACCAUUUAUCUAAUUUUAUUAAUUUGAUGAUGGACAAUACACGUUCAUACUUUUCCUCAAUAUCUCAAUGCAUUUCAAUGGGUAGGUCUCAUUUUGUUUUCGAAAAAGAAGAAGUUAAAUUUCUAACAACUCAAAAUAUUUAUUUAAAGAAAUGAAAGUUCAUGCAUCUAUGAAACAUAAGAUAUGAAUAGAAGUCUCUUCUACAAACUUUUCUUUUUGUAUUGAUAUUUGUUCAAAAGAUUUCUACUCAUGCCUUAUAUUUUAAAGAUGUAUGAACUUCACUUCUUUAAAUAAAUAUUUUGACUUUUUAGAAAUUUAACUAUUCUGUUUUCUUGAGAAUAAAAUGAGAUCUUUUCAUUAGAAUAUGUUGAGAUAUUACAAAAACCUGACUACAGUCUUUCUACUGACACAUCGAUC